AUGUUUCCUCGACCAGUUCGUUUGUGCCGGCUUCCCUCUGCUCCCCGACGAUGUAAGGUUACCUCUCAACUUUUGUCACCGAACCGGCUCCAACGUUCUCGGAACUCGUCCACAACACCCCAACAGCCGCCAAAGGGUCCGUCCAGCAAGCUAUGGCUUACUGCCGCCAUUGUAGCUAUUGCAGCUGGUGGAGCUGGCAUAUACACCCGGUCGCAGGGAGACAUAUCUAGCACUACCCUAGACCCGGUUACGUUCACGAACUACGAGCUUAUUUCGAAGACUCCGGUGUCAUCAACCUGCAGUAUCUUUAAUUUGCGGCCGAAAAGGGAGGGAGGAAUAAAUGCAGAGGUCUAUCAGGAUGCUUUUGAAACUGGGAUUUGGAGUGUGCAGUUUAAACAACCUCAGCUGCAGGUUGGCCGAGACUACACCCCUUUACCUCCUUCAAUGCAGUUUUCCUCCCUAGACAAAGGAAACGACACGUCCCUUCAGUUCCUUAUCCGAAAAGACGGCGAGGUUUCGAGCUACCUACAUGAUCUUCAACCUGGCAGUAUUGUGGAAAUGCGCGGACCUCAGCUGGGACUCGAGCUCACCCCAGAUGUUCAAGAGGUGCUGUUCAUUGUGGGUGGGACUGGCAUAGCACCAGCUCUACAGGCCGCUCACACGAUACUCAAAUGCAUGCGACCAAGGGAUGAAACAAAAAUACAUAUCUUAUGGGCAAACCGACGGAGAGAGGAUUGCCUUGGGGGUCGUAGUGAUACAGUUGGCUCACAAUGGAGUUGGUGGUCAAAGCUAUACCCUAACACCAAGGCAGAACACACUGCCAGAGACGACAUGGGAGGACGGAGGAACUACGUUGUGGAGCAACUGGACGAGCUCAAACGCCUCUACCCCAAGAAAUUUACAGUUGACUACUUUGUCGAUGAAGAGAAAUCGCUCAUUGGGAAAGAUUCUAUUAUGAAAUAUAUAAACUCAAGAGCACAGCACCCGCUUGUGGGCCAACGGAAGAAGAAACUGAUAAUUAUAUCAGGUCCUGACGGGUUUGUCAGCUACCUUGCUGGCCCCAAGAUGUGGCAUAACGGUCGAGAGGUCCAAGGACCACUGCAGGGAAUUCUGCGAGAGUUGAAUAUCUCAGGCUGGUCAGUUUGGAAACUCUGA